AUGUCAAUUAUUCGUGAUUUCGUUUUAAAUACGGCUGAACACUUUUAUGACAUACCUGAUUUAAGAUUAAAUGAUAAGUCUGAGAAAGCAUUAUUUGAAUUUAUAAAUGAUACACAAACAUAUCUGCUUCAAAGUUCUGUGAAUGAUAAAACUUUACAUCUAAGCACAAAAAUUCAGUGUAAUGUGCAAAAAUCAAUUAUAUUUUAUAAGACAUCAUCAUUGGAUCUAUCAAAACAAGACAAAAUUAAUAAUGUUAACAUGAUUACUUUGACUACAGGAGCUGCAGAAUCCUUAUACCACAUUUUGAGACAAAUAUUUAGCCCUCUGUUGACAUUGGUAUGA